CGUGUGAUUGGAGGUUGUGUUCUAGUGCUACAGCUACGAGGAGAUACUUUCCACCGCUAACAAUGUCCGAUCAGGAUGGUUCGUCGCCCGGUGGUAGUAACUAUGAGGACAAACGGGAAAUAGUGGAGCAGAUCAAACACCUCAUGACGCAGGACAAAGAAACGAUUCUGGUGCAAGUGAUCAAUCUUACCACGCAGCUGCAGCACCAAGAGAACAGGAAUAACGUACUCAAAAAUACGCUCAAAGAAGUGAUGGAGGUAAAGGAGAUGAUGCAACGGAAUUUGAUCAAUCAAGAAACCAUCCGCUCGCACACGCGACAAAUCUCGGAGAAAAAAUCCGCCCUAGAGGAGCACCUGACGAAAAAUUACAAAGCCAUCUCGGCACAGUCUACUGCGAUUGAAGCGGUACGCGUGCAGGUGAAACAAGAUGGGGUCAAAUGUCGCUCGGCUAUCGAUGCGUUGAAUAAGCGUAUAGCGGCGAUAAAUGAAAAAGAAAAAAGUAUCCUGCAUGAAUACGAGAUGAAUCUGAAGCGAAUGAACGGACUGAAGGCGGAGCUGCACGCACAGAAGCUAAAUCAGGGCAGAUUGCUGGACGAGUUCCGUUCGUCGGUGAAGGACCGGGAGGUUUUGCAGGAAAAAAUUGAUUCCAUGACGAAGACCCAUCGCCAAACUAUUGCGUCAAAGGAGCAGCAGCUGGUGGAAAUGAAGCAACAGUGGGAACGGGAUGUGCAGCAGCGUGAAGCCCAGAAGAAGGACCUGGAAUCACAGCUGGGUGCGCUUAAACAAACGGCCACCGAACAAGAGCAGCAGUGGCGCGAGGAAACGAAUGACCUGAAGCAGCGCAACGAGCGCCAGGUGCAGUCUUUGGAGGAAAAACUGCUGGCCAUGAAGAAGGAGCACCAAGCGCUGGAACAACGCUUGGCCGAGCUGCAGGAGUUGAACGAACAACAGGCUAAGGAGCUCGAAAGCCGGCGUGCUGCGAAAAGAUCGGCGCUCCAGCUCAAGGCCGUUGAAAGGACGGUGCCACCGGUCAACGUAAUUUCAUCACAAGAGAGGCGACGCUCCUCGGUAAAAAGUACCGAUUCCCGACCGUCCUCUAGUAUGGACAUCAAUUUCGAUGAAUCGUAUCAUUACGAGAAUGAUCCCAGUGAAAUAAGCUCGGCUUCCUACGGCGGUUACCUACGUAAGUGAGCUGCAGUAGCUAUCCGCAUAUAGCAAUAUUGGUUUGGGAGCAAGAAGUUGUAUCGUCAUUUGGCGAGGCUUUCAUAUUUCCUUGGACAUUCGUUAGCAAACCAAGAAACUUGUAUUGGUUGUUUACUUACUUAAAUUACUUCGGACCUGUAAACCACACAAUAAAAUUGUCCCAUUAACUUGUGCAAACGAUUACACCGAUCAGGAUCCACCAUUUUCAAUGUCUCAAUUGCCAAUAUGGUUUGGCCCUUCUUUUUGAUUAGUGCACAUGAUUUUAGUGCGGCAUCUGCUCCUGGAUUGAAAUGCCUAGUGUUGAAUUUUGUCUAUAA